AUGCCAACAGUUGACCGACUCUGCGAAACUACCGAAGAUGAUGUUGAGGAUAAUCUAGAGAAUCAUGACACGUUCGGAACGUACCCGGUCACUCUCGUUAUAGAGCCGGCAGGGAAUUCAGUCAGCGUGCAGGCUGUAUACGACCACCAUAUCGUGCCCGAUUGUCAGAUGAAACGGCUGCUCCAGCAGCGUUCGCAUAUCAUGAAAUGGGUCAAUCGCAGGGACAAUGCGCGCGUCGGUGAUAUCGUUGGCUUAUGUCCGCAGGAUCAAGCCCAGCUGCAGAUGUGGAAUAGUCAAAGAGCGCCUGAGAAUAUCCAACGAUGUGUUCACGACUUAUUCUCGGAGUUGUCGCGAUCUCAACCAGAUGCUACUGCUGUCCGUUCCUGGGAUGGCGAGCUCUUCUACAGCGAGCUCGAAGUCCUGUCAAAUGGCUUCGCUGUGCAACUGAUGGAAGAUGGAUACUAA